AGAGGCAGCAAUCAAGAAGCCAUUGAAGAAAUUUAGUAAAAGGUUUCUUCAAUGGCUAUCUACAUCAAAGCAUUUGUUCUUCUUCCUCUACUUUUUGUUUCAUCCUACGCUAGGCACAAACCUAUUGCCCUAGGCUUUGACAAUGAUGACGACUCUUCCAUAGGCAUAUUUGAUCCUUCCCAAAAAGAACUUAAGGAAUUCUUGAAACACCUCGACGGCGAGAAGAAGAAGAAAAGCGAGAAACAUGACCUUAUAUUUCCCGAAUAUCCUUUUCCCAAAGAGGAGCAAGAAAAGGAAGAAGCACCACUAGAGCCGGCCGUCGGAGGAAAAACUGGCAAUGUGAAGCCGGAUUUCGAGACGGCAAAUCUAGGUGGUUGGAUGGUGCAUUCACCAAAUGCUGGUGUUGCAGCCAUGCAUAUACAAUUGAUGCCAAACAACAAGGCUGUUUGGUUCGAUACCACAAAUCUUGGACCAUCAGCAAUUCAACACAACCCUCCAUUUUGCAAGCCUGUUCCAGAAAGGCCUGGUGAGACAGAUUGCUUUGCUCAUGGCGUUCAAUAUGACAUUGAGAGUGGUCAAGUCAGGACAUUGAAGAUAAUGAGUGAUCCAUGGUGCUCAUCGGGAGGUUUGUCAUCUAACGGCGAUCUAAUAAGCACGGGAGGUUUUAAAGAAGGAAUCCGAAGUAUCAGAAUCAUGAAUCCAUGUGAUAACUGCGACUUCCAGGAAAAUGCCAACGGCCUUGCUGCUAUGAGAUGGUACGCUACUCAACACAUGCUUGAGAACGGUAGCUUCAUUCUUGUUGGAGGUCGUGGUGCACACAACUACGAAAUCAUUCCACCAGGAAAAUUGCAAUUCCAGGUGCAACAAUUCGGCUUAAAUUUCCUUGCUGAGACCGAAGAUGAGAAAGAGAACAAUCUCUACCCAUUCGUCAAUCUUCUUCCUGAUGGGACCGUAUAUAUUUUUGCCAAUGAUAGAUCAAUAAUCAUCGACCCUUAUAGUGGAAAAACUAUCCGCGAACUUCCUAAACUUCCUGGAGGCUCGAGAAACUAUCCGGCAUCAGGAAUGUCUGCACUUUUGCCAAUCAAUCUCAAUACUCCUAAGCCUGAGGAUGUUGAAGUUGAAGUCAUUGUUUGUGGUGGAAAUACUCAUGAUGCCUUCAAGUACUCGGAGAAUCCGCCAAGACAAUUCUUCCCUGCAUUGAAAGAUUGUGGAAGGAUAUUACCAAACAAAGCAGGAGCUCAAUGGGAUAUUGAAGAAAUGCCCUCAGCAAGAGUAAUGGGAGACAUGUUACUUCUUCCAACUGGAGAUGUAUUGAUCAUUAAUGGAGCUAAAACAGGUACUUCUGCAUGGGAUGCUGCUGAGGAACCUAAUCUUGUCCCACUUCUUUACAGCCCAACCAAGCCAAAAGGACAGAGGUUUAAGGAAUUGGCCCCUACACUGAUUCCAAGAAUGUACCAUUCUGUUUCUGCUGUUUUGCCAGAUGGCAAGAUUUUGGUGGCAGGCAGCAAUACACAUGCUUUGUAUGAUUAUCAGGCUAAGUACCCAACUGAAUUGAGAGUUGAGAAAUUCUCACCUCCUUACUUGGCACCUGAGCUGGAUCAGCACAGGCCACAAAUUCUUGAGAAUGGAGCCAACAAGGAGAUGAGAUAUGGCCAGGACUUCAGUGUCAAUAUCAAGUUGGAUGAAGUUGUGGAUGAGACUGAUAUUAAGGUAACCAUGUAUGCACCACCUUUCACCACCCAUGGCUAUUCUCAGGGACAGAGAUUGCUCAUUUUGCAGCUUAAAUCUGCAACAAACCAACAGGUCACUGUAGUCGCACCACCCUCUGGCAAGCUAGCUCCACCAGGCUACUACUUACUCUUUGUGGUUCACCGCGGCGUGCCUAGCCGUGGAAUGUGGGUGCGUAUUGACCAAUAGAAAAUUAUGAUCAGCAUCUCCAAAUAAAAUUCUUGUAUUAUGUAUACUGUUCAUGUUAUAUAUACAAAAACAAAUAGAUAGCAAUAUCAACUAUCAAACCUUUGCUCUCUUGUUUUAA